AUGCGCGCUGCGGGCACAGCGUGCCCGGGAGCGGCGAGCGAGUUGGCUGGCAGAGCGGCUGCUUGCGAGGGUUGCCCGAACGCGGCGCUUUGCGCGAGCGGCGAGGCCGCGCGCCGGGCGGCGGACGAAGGCGCGGCGGUGCGCAAGUUGUCGGGCGUGCGGAACAUCAUAGUGGUUGCGAGCGGCAAGGGCGGCGUCGGAAAGAGCACCGUGGCGUGCACUCUCGCGCGCGAGUUUGUGCGCACAGGCUUUAGGACCGGGCUGCUCGACCUGGACAUCUGCGGUCCGAGCGUGCCGAGCAUGACCGGCACGCGCGGAGCGAGCGUGCAGGAGACAUUGGCGGGCUGGUCGCCGGUGCUAUCGGCGGAGGGCAUCAAGUUGAUGUCCAUUGAGUACUUGCUGGAGCGCAGUUCGGACGCGGUGAUCUGGCGCGGUCCGAAGAAGGGCGCGUUGAUCCGGCAGUUUUUGGAGAACGUGGACUGGGGCGAGCUGGACAUGCUGUUGAUCGACACGCCGCCGGGCACGAGCGACGAGCACUUGAGUUUGGCGCAGCUGCUCAAACACUUUCCGCGAAUCGGCGCGUUGGUGGUCGGCACGCCGCAAAAGAUCGCGAUUGCCGACGUGGAAAAGGAGGUUGGCUUCCUGCGCGCGGCGGAGCUGCCGAUUAUUGGCGUGGUCGAAAACAUGGCAGACUCU